UUCAUUUAAGAAAUGAACAGUAAAAGGAUUUAUGCUGCUUUACCUGUCCCUCCUAAUCAAAGAAUAGAGGGAAGCAAAGAGAAGGAGAAUGUUUUUGGAAAUAUUUUUGCAGAAUUGGAAUCUUUGGAUCUUCCUCUGGGAGCCACAUUAAGAUCAAUUUACGAUGACCAGCCAAAUGCCCACAUGCGCUUCAUGGAGAAGCUGGAUGCCCGGAUAAGGAAUCAUGACCGGGAGAUUGAGAAGAUGUGUAAUUUCCACCACCAAGGUUUCGUGGAUGCGAUCACAGAGCUCCUCAAAGUCCGCAUGGAUGCAGAGAAACUCAUGGGCCAAGUGACAGACACCAAUCGAAGACUACAAGAAGCUGGGAAGGAGGUGACAGCUCAAACUGGCGAGGUUAUUCGUUGCCGGAUCCAGCAGAGGAACAUGGCCACAACUGUGGAGAAACUCCAGCUCUGCAUUCCAGUGCUAGAAAUGUACAGCAAACUAAAGGAGCAACUGGAGUCUAAAAGAUACUACGCUGCACUGAAAACCAUGGAACAAUUGGAGAAGGUCUACAUUCCUCGGGUAAGCCAAUACAGGUUCUGUCAGAUCAUGGCUGAAAACCUGCCCAGGCUGAGGGAGGAGAUUAAGGAGAUCUCCAUGUCUGACUUAAAGGACUUCCUUGAGAGCAUAAGAAAACACUCAGAUAAAGUUGGAGACACCGCAAUGAGACAGGCACAACAACACAGAACCUUUAACAGUGCAGUAGCAAAGCAGGCCAAUGUGGGCCACUACACUAAGCCUUUGUACUCUCUCAAUGGGCAAACACACACGCACACCAGUCUCAUGAUGGACGAUGACGCAGAAGAUGAGGACGAUGCUGAUGAGGAGAUUCUUACAGCUCAGGAUCUUGUGGAUUUCUCACCUGUUUACAGGUGUUUACACAUUUAUGCUGUGCUGGGAGACCGAGAAACAUUUGAGAAUUACUACAGGAAGCAGAGGAAAAAGCAGGCUAGGCUAGUUCUGCAGCCACAGGCUAACAUGCAUGAAACGGUGGAGGGCUAUAGAAGAUACUUUAAUCAAAUUGUAGGGUUCUUUGUUGUCGAGGACCAUAUUCUCCAUGCAACUCAAGGGUUGGUGACCAGAGCUUUCACUGAUGAACUAUGGAACAUGGCCCUGUCAAAGAUCAUCGCUGUGCUUCGCACACACUCUUCUUACUGCGAGGAUCCAGACCUGGUCCUGGAGCUGAAGAACCUAAUUGUCAUCUUUGCAGACACACUACAGGGUUUUGGUUUCUCUGUGAAUCGGCUAUUUGACCUGCUGUUUGAGGUCCGAGACCAGUACAAUGAAACUCUACUAAAAAAGUGGGCUCUGUUAUUCAGGGAGAUCUUUGAAUCGGACAACUACAGUCCCAUACCAGUGGAUACGGAGGAGGAGUAUAAACUGGUGGUCAGCCGCUUCCCGUUUCACGAUGCAGAGAUAGAGAAGCAGGAUUUCCCCAAGAAGCUGCCAAUGUCCCAGUCUGUACCACAGAUAUAUAUGCAAGUAAAAGAGUUCAUUUAUGCCAGCCUCAAGUUCUCUGAAUCCCUUCACCGAAGCUCAACAGAGAUUGAUGAUAUGUUGCGGAAAUCAACUAACCUGCUGCUGACAAGAACACUCAGCAGUUGUCUGCAAAACCUCAUCAAGAAGCCAUACAUCGGGUUGACUGAGUUGGUGCAGAUUAUCAUCAACACCACCCACUUAGAGCAGGGCUGCAGGUACCUUGAGGAAUUUAUCACAAAUAUCACCAACGUGUCUCCUGAAACGGUGCACACAACAAGACUCUACGGCUUGUCCACUUUUAAGGAUGCCCGUCAUGCUGCAGAAGGUGAAAUCUAUACCAAACUAAACCAGAAAAUUGAUGAGUUUAUCCAGCUGGCAGAUUAUGAAUGGAGCAUGGCUGAGUCUGACGGUCGAGCCUCAGGUUACCUCAUGGACCUGAUAAAUUUCCUCCGAUCCACAUUUCAAGUCUUCACACACCUCCCGAAUAACAACAAUGACCAUGCAUCGAUGUCGGGUAAAGUGGCCCAGACAGCUUGUAUGUCAGCUUGCAAGCAUCUGUCCACAUCCCUGAUGCAGAUGCUGCUGGACACAGAACUGAAGCAGAUCAGCAUGGGCGCGAUUCAGCAAUUCAACCUAGAUGUCAUUCAGUGUGAAUUGUUUGCGAGCUCCGAGCCAGUCCCAGGCUUCCAAGGAGACACAUUGCAACUGGCUUUUAUCGACUUAAGACAGCUCCUGGACCUGUUCAUGGUGUGGGACUGGUCUACUUACCUCGCAGACUACGGUCAGCCAACCUCCAAGUACCUUAGAGUAAACCCAUCCACAGCCCUGACUUUACUUGAAAAGAUGAAAGACACCAAUAAGAAGAACAAUAUCUUUUCUCAGUUCAGGAAGAACGACAGAGACAAACAGAAGCUGAUAGAGACUGUAGUCAAGCAGCUAAGGAGCCUGGUCAAUGGCAUGUCCUCCUAAAGUCAUAUUGUAUGUGUCACUCACUCAAUCAUACAUGCACGCACAGUGAAACUGCCAGGACCCAUUAAGGGCAACACUUUCAACCAAUGAAUGAAAUGGGGCCAAAUCUAGGGAUGUCCCGAUUGCAUAUUUUUGCACCGAGUGCGUGUCACCUGAUUUUGAGAAUCUUUUAAUACCGAGUCCCGAUCUAGUACCGAUAAUUAUUUUCUUUUCAGCCUCUAAAAAAGUAAAAUAAAAAUAAAAAUAUAUAUAUAUAUAUGUAUAUGUGUGUAUGUAUAUACAGUGGUACCUCUACAUACGAAGUUAAUUCGUUCCAAGACCUUGUUUGUAAGUCGAAAUGGUCGUAUGUUGAGCAGGAUUUUCCCAUAGGAAUACAUUAAAAUUCCAAAUAAUUCGUUCCACACCCAAAAACCUACACUAAAUCCAUAGUAAAUACUGCUGGUACAGUUAUUAUAAAUGGCAAUUAAACAUAGCAAAAUAAAUAAGUUAUUAAUAAAAAUCAGAAUAAUAUAAUAAUGAUAAUAACAAUAUUAAUAAUAAUAAUAAUAAAAUAAAAAUGAUUCCGUUAAUAAUGUAACAAAUUGGAUUCUAAUGUGGCGGACACUUUUUGCUGUACCUGAAUGCACCGCGGGGCUGACGUCACAGUGAGAUAGGUCAGUGCGGUAGAGAUAAUACUUUCGUUUUCUUGAGAGCACAGUCAACUGCAGAGGGCAAUGGGCGUUUUGUGUUGAAUAAGUUCUUAAAUAAAUUAUAAAAACGUGACGAAGCUGGCGAUUUCUUUGGCGAUGUUACCACAAUAAUAAUUGUCACCUUGACUUAUAAAGACUGGCGAACGGUGGUCGGAAGAGGACCGUGGAGCUGUAUUGUUGAGCCAGCUCACGGAUGCGCACCCCAUGCUCAUAUUUUUCUAUAAUUUGCAUCUUCAUUUCAAAGGUAAGCAUCACUUUUUUCCUUGUUUCACCAACUGUACCAACUUUUUGGAAACCUGUGUUGAUUUCUCACACAAGAAAAUCAGCCGUGAGUUCAUUUGCGUUGCUGUCGUGUCGUCGUAUUUCGAGCAUGUCGUCGGAUGUAGAAACAAAUGGCGCGUCAAAUUUUACGUCGGAUGUCGAAAAGAUCGUGUGUCGAAGCGAUCGUAUGUCGAGGUACCACUGUAUAUACAUAUAUAUAUAUAUAUGUAUACAGUAAAUUGGGCCUGAAUGAUAGUGGAAAAGAUUUAUAUUACGAUAUAUAUUGCCAAGGCUCCACACUUACUUUUUGCAUUGGUUGCACUUUUUUCUUAAGGUCCACUAGCACAAAAUGUAGGCGCACCCACAUUUUUCAUUGCAUUACUUUUAAUGCCAUUUUUUCAUCACUCUCCAUAACAUUCAUAUAACUCAUAUGAGCAAGUCUACUCAAAUUCACUCACGCUUUGACACUCACACUGCGGACAACAGUCUCUAGACCAGGGGUUUUCAACCCAGUCCUCAAGGCACACUGUGGGUCCUGGUUUUUGUUCCAGCCGAUCCAGCAGAGACAGUUGAACCAAUGAGGCUUCUGCUAAAACAAGCCACACCUGACUGCAAUCAACUGAUUGCACUUGUAAAACACCAGAUUGGGGAAAAAGUGUUGUCAUCUUGUUUGGUAAGAAUGAAAUCCUGCACCCACAGUGUGCCUUAGUGGAAUAGGUUGGGGACCCCUGCUCUAGACAACAAAUAUUGACUAAACGUUGAUUGUAGAGCUACUAGUACAGAGCCUUUACUUGCCAGAUCAAAGUUACAAACCUGUCAGUCAUCGUUAACUUUAAGUAGCAAACUCCAGCUCCACUGCUGAACAAAAAAAGCAGCUGGAUGAAGAGUGAGAGGCUUUACGAGCAUGAAGCAGAAAAACUUUUUUUUUUUUUUUUUUUUUUUUUUUAAUUAAAACCCCAAUUCUUUUCACCUGAAAAGUGGUGCCAUCGGCCUGAUUUCUGAUCACAUGAUUGUAUCGGGACAUCCCUAGGCCAAAUAAAUUUUUGAAAAUUGAGUAAAGAUUGACAAUGAUCCAUGUCCAAUUAUGUGACUAUAAAAAAACUACAUUAAAACUCUUCAAAUUAGUUUGUCACAAGUAGAUGUCCAAUCCAUUUAACUUGGAGGGUGACAGCGAAUGAACAAAUGGAUUGGACGCCUAUCGCUCUCGUACAGUUGUCAAAAGUUUGCAGUAUUGCUACACAAGUAGAAGAGACAAGGAAUCACUCAGUCCUAUCAGCUAAAUGCAUGGGCACUAUCGAAGUGACUGGCUCCAUCUAGUGUCAAAACUGAGAAGUGCAACAGAGUGAAGGCUGAGCUCAAGCUUCUUGUCCAGGCCAUAUUCAAUUCAACUUUCAUAAUUUGCUGCAGGCCAUUAAAAUUUCCCUCUCUCAGGACACAGUUUGGACACCACAACCCUAUAACGUUUCACAAAACUCCUUUUAACUCUGUGUAUUGGGCUUAUUUUAAGGCACUUAAAACACAAUUAGUGCUGACCUCUUCCAAGCAGUUUCCUGGGCGUGCUCCCCAAUGUUUUAAACACAAUGUUACACAGGUGAGACGCAUGCAACCAAUUACCACAGGUGGGUAGUAACGGAUUGCAUAAACUCCGUUACACAGAAAGCACCACAGGUAAAUAAAAAACUGUCUUCUGCAUUUGUAAUUCAGAGCUUUAAAAUCUAUGGGGAAAUCUUUUAAUCUUUUUUCUUGAGAUGUUGUUUUGUAUUAUCUUUUGAAUCGAUUUAAUUGCAGAAUUUAAGAUGUUUACUCUUUCAUGUUAAUGCAUUAACAGAGGGAUUUGUUUAUUUUUCUUCUUACUCACUCCUAUAGAAUGUGAUUGGAAGAAUGGCUUGUCUUUUAUUUACAAAAAAAAUGGACAAUGAUGUCUUGAGAGGCGGAUGUUCAUCAAAGCCCUUAUUUGUAUUGCUUGGGUUUUAGUUUUACUUUAAAAAGGAAAAAAACAACAACUUUAAAUUCAUUCAUUCAUUCAUUUUCCAUGCCGCUUUUCCUGGCAUAUUUAUUUUUUCACAAGUUCUUCCCAACAAUGUUGCCAGGAUUCCAAAGAAUCACUGGCCCCUUAAUCAGAUCAGCUGAUGCCGGAUCCAGAUUUAAGACUUCAUAGUAAAAUAGUGGUGUCAAAAAAUACCACUAAAUUCAUAGGAAACAGUACAGCGUAAUGCACUUGCAAUCUGGUAACAAUCAUGUAAAAAAAAAAAAAAAAAUCCUUCAUUCAGUUAAUAUUGAAUUUUCAUUUACAGUACGAUAACAGGUUGAGAGAAAAGAUUUCUCAAUUCGUUGAGAGUGGUGUGGUUUGAAUCUUAGCUCCAACUGUCCCAUCUAAUGCUGCUUUCAGACCGGCCGAGUCCCCCCCCACCGUCUGGUUGCAUGAUGGGCUCCCGUACAAAGCAGUGUUGUUUUUGGCAGACCUUUUAAAUUUUGUCCUGGUCUUUUGGACGAAAAUACUGGUCUUUUGGACGAAAAUACUUAUUAGUCAUAUUUUAGUCAUUUCAAAAUGUUUUCGUCUAGUUUUAGUCGACAAAUUUUCUUACAUAUUUUGUCUCGUUUUAUUCGACAGUUACUCAAAAGGUUUUUGUCUGAAAAUUCAGACGUUUUCGUCCCAAAAUAAAUAAGGGUGACCAACAAUUUUGAAAAAAAAAAAAAAAUAGAUGGAUGCGCACAUAUUGCCAACUUUGUGGUGAUAAUACACACUCAGUGGGUAAAGCAGUAUAUUAUUUUCAACUAGAAACUGCAAUUUCUGGAGAAAUUACUCUGGGUCUCUCCUGUGAGGAGAUACAGAUCUUAGCCCCACCAGGGCUAUUAAUAGAAUGGACAAACAUGCCCGUAAAUGGCAUUAAACAAAGUAAAUGCUAUUAGAAAUAAAUGGGAAAUUUGGACGUCCAUGGCGGUCAAUUGCAUCGACUUAGAUAAGCAUCGAUGGCAGCACCCUCCAUAAGCAUUAAUGGAAUCUGGGAAGUUUGGGGGAUACGUCCUAUUGGUAUCUGGUCAUUUCCUGUUGAUUUGGGGACAUUUUUUUUUUUUUUUUGGCAUUGAAAAUGAAUGGAAAAAAAUGUGGACGUCCAUGGCCAACAAGUGGCAUCGACUUACAUAGGCAACAAUAGAAUCCAAGUACAUUAGCAUCAAUAGAUUCGACAAGUAUGGCCGUCAAAGGAAUUAAAGUAAAUGCCAUUAGAAAUUAAUGGGAUAUUCGGAUGUUCAUGGCCGUCAAUGGCGGCACCCUUCAUAAGCGUCAAUUAAGCCUACCUAGAAGCCACAAACUGUACGUGAAAAUAAAAAGUUGUCCAGGUGUUUAACAUCCUCUGGACUUCUUGACGAGAAGAGCCAUUCAGAAGCUAAUGCUAACGCGAAUGUUAUGCUAACGCUAGGAGUUACAUUUAGCAUCUGAUGAUCACUCAGCACAGACCUUUAAAGGCUAAAGAAAAAUUGCAUAUUCUCUCUUGGAGAGAUAAGAAAACAAAUCUUACCGUGUUUCCAAACAAGCAAGAUGGAGCGCAGCCUAGCUUGAGACACAUCCUAAACUCCGGUGAGUAGGGAGAGGCGCAGCCCAUCUCACAUGAGUGACACAACCCAAACACCGCCAUGAUGCAAGCUGACGUACUCCACGUACAAUAUGAAAAUGUCAAACAUUGUGAACAUAUGAAAAAAACGAUGUUUUAUUCCCAUCUCGUUGUCGUCUCGUCAGACGAAAACUGGCAUUCGUCACGUUAUGUUAUAGUCUCCCGAGCCACGUUUUCAGCUCGUCACCGUCAUGAAAAAAUUGCAUUAUCGUCAUUGUUGACGAAAACAACACUGGAAAAGUCAAUGUAAUUGUGCGUUGAACGGCGACAGACGGCCUCGAGAUGGGCGAUACACGUCAGGUGUGAUGCAAUGUCGCCAGUUUGACCGGAUAGGACGCAGCCCGGCAAUGUCACCCGUUGACUUUUCACAUCGCAGAGAAGAUGGCUGAGUUCAUCUUCCUGCAACAGAUUUCAGCGAUGACGAGGAAUCAGCCAAUCAAAUGUUUUAUCAUUCAAAUGACUUCUGUAGCUUUAACCUUCCUCAACAAGCAGUCAACUAAAGUCCAAACAAAGAGAGAAAAAAAAAGAAUUGUCAGAAUAUUAGGAGAUUAAAGUCGCAGUAUUACAGAGUCAUUACAAGUCAGAAAUUGUAAUAUUAUGUGAGAAAAUCAUAAUAUUAUGAGCUUAUAGUCAUAUUUUAAUUACAAGAAUUAAGUCAUCCAAUGUAAAUUACAAGAUUAAAUGUGUAAUAUUACAAGAUUAAUGUCGUUUUGUUAUUUUUACUGGAAGAGAACUGGAAGUUGUUUGGUUUCAGGGGCUGAGACUUUUUUGUGAGCUAAGGUCUGUAUUGACACAAACUACUUUUGGCGUAGGAGAUUGAAGUAUCAGGAGAAACAAAAGUCGUAAAACUUAGACUUCAUAAUUAUAUUGAGGGGACAUGGGGCCAAUUUAUAGGGAGCCUGUAAUGUUGGCGUGGCCGUCAAAGCUGACCGAGUGGAAUCAGGAGCUUUUUACUUUGAAAAUUCUUGUGAAUAAUUGCUUAAAUCCCUGAAUCAUUUAUAGAAGCAAAGCAUUCUCGAUUCUUGGUUAAAAGCAAAAAAAAAAAAAAAAAAACAUGCAGUUAACAUUUAUUCUACAUAAAAAUGUUGAAGUACGAUGCUAGUCUGUCAGUCGGUGUAGCGGCCGCCAUAUGUAAACAGAGCUUUUCCGGUUAAAAUUCUUGUGAAUAAAUGUUUAAAUCCCCGAAUUCUUUAUAGAUGUGGACGUAAAACAGUCUCGAGUCUUGGUUCAUAGCAAAAACACGUGCAGUUAGCAUUUAUUUUACGUAAGUAUGUCAAAGUACAAUGCUAGUCUGUUAAGCUUUUUACGUGGAAAAUUCUUGUGAAUAAAUGCUUAAAUCCCAGAAUUCUUUAUAAAUAGGAACGUAAAACAGUUUCGAGUCUUUGUUGAAAGAGCAAAAAAACUGGCAGUUAGCAUUUAUUUUACGUAAAUAUGUCAAAGUAUGAUGCUAGUCUGUUAGUCAAUGUGGCAGCCGCCAUAUUUAAACAGAGCUUUUUACGUUAAAAAUUCUUGUGAAUAUAUGCUUAAAUCCCAGAUUCUUUGUUAAACAAGCAAAAAAGCGGGCAGUUAGCAUUUAUUUUACGUAAAUACGUCGAAGAAUGAUGCUAGUCUGUUAGACAAUGUGGCGGCAGCCUUUCAACAAACAGCUUUUUACGUUGAAAAUUCUUGUGAAAAAAUGAAAAAUAUAAUAAUACCUUGAAUCGUCGAACAAAUCACUCCUGAGACGAUCCUUCCUGUUUGUAUACGGUACAGCUUUCGUACUUUUUCAACCUAAAUCCGGCGUUGGAUCUCUGCAUGUGUUGCUGCGACCGACUGCGAAUAACUGAAGCGGAUUGUGGGAUGGCCCUCUAGUUGAAGGCGUGGAGCAGGGAAAAUCGAAUCUGAACCGUCAAUAUCAUUAUGAAGUCUAUGCGUAAAAUUAUGAGAUUGACGUAGUUACAUCACUUAUUUUUACGUUACGUCAAUCGGAAGUUGUUCAGUGUACACAGACUUCAGCUUUUAGCUAAGUAAAGGUCAGUGUGAACACAAAAUGGCAUCGUCGCACAACAAAUCAUGGCUGGUCUGAACGCAGCAUAAGAGUCCUUGGGCAACAUGAAACUGAAACCUAAAUUGCCUCUAGGUAAGUGUCCUACAUGCUUAAAGAAAAUAACACAAUUUAAAGCCGUGAGCUAUUGGCUAACUCCUUACUUACAGGCAACAAUAAGUAGGUAAUUGAUUAAUCGGCAGUGAUACAAAAAUUUUUAAAAUCGGGCUCCAACAAUCGAUGCGUAUACAUCCAUAUGAUAUAUAUACCAAAUUUCAUUGUGGUAGCUAAAAAUAAUAGUGUACACACCAACAACAACAUCAUCAGUGGUAAAAACUAGUAGCUACAAACACACUUCUACUGGGUGUCAAUUCAUUUAAUCUGGAUUAAAAUUGUUGUCUCUGCAUUUGAAUGUCAUUUGCUGAUGUGUGGAAAAUGUCAGCAAAAUAUUUGUCAGAGUUUGAUUAGAAAUAUAUUAACAAUUUUGUCAUGUCAAUGGGAAGGAGUACUUCAGUAAAAUUCAAUUUUUUUACCGUAUUUACACACAUUAAUUGAAAAUUCUGUCUGGAGAUGGUAACAAUGUAUUUCUUUUGAUCAUUUGAAUGAACACGCAUCCUGUAAAUUAUACAAAUUGUACAACUACAAAUAUACAGUAUGUGUGACGUUAAAUGCAUUUUUGUUCUAUAAAUUUGUCCCCUAAUGUACAAAAAUUGUUUCAAUCUGAGGGGCUGUAAUGUUAUUAUAAAUGUAUACUUUGUAUAUUUAACAGGUUAAGAACUUUUAGAUUUUACAAUUCUCUAUUUUUGUUCCUCAGGGUAAAAAAUGAGGAUUUUUAAUCUGUAUAUUCAUAAAGCACAGCAAUAAUGACUUGGCUUCUUUACAAUGUUGCUGGCAGGUUUAAUGUGGAAUUCCUCCUUUUUUAUAAUUCCAUUACCAUUUUUGUAAUGCCGUGUAUCUUGCAUUAUUCUGUGCUCCCAGCCGACAUACUUUUAUUGUAGUGUUUAGCUUCUUUUUUAGAAUUAUGUUUCAGCAUUUUUCAAAGGUUUGUUUGUGCAAAACUCAGCAAAGUCUAGACAUGCGCUACGGCAUUCAUUCAAAUAAUUCAGUGUUGCUGAAUGUCUAAAUUCAGUUUCAGAUUUGGGUUUUUGUCUAUGAAGACUGCAUUUGCUAGGGAUGUCCCAAUAGCAUAUUUUUGCACCCAAGUCCGAGUCCAGGUCACAUGAUUUUAGAAUCUUCAGAUUUCUUUUAACCAAAGUUCCAAACAUGUUAGUGUCCUAAUGUGCCGACUACAUUAUGUAAAUUAUUUUUAAACAAGAAAAACGUUGAAAAAUAUUUGUCUUAAUUAAAUCAUUCAUUGAGUCCACUCAAAUUCACUCAGGUUUUGACGCUCAUGCUGCUGAGAACAGCCUCUCACUUACACAAUGAGUUGCCACAGCACACUUAGGACGCUUUCACACUAGCACUGUUUUGGUCCGUUUUAAACGGACCAGAGUUCUUUUUCUCAGAUAGUCCACUUUGUUUUUUAAAUGUAAACACACAUCCGAACUCUAGUUCUAACAAAACAAACGAACUUUGGUCCGCUCAAAAGUCGUGGGUCUUGGUCUGCUUUAAGUGCACCCUGCUUCGCUUGUGAAUGCAACCGGAGCAGGAGGCGCUUUUGGUCCUUUACGUGCAGCGUCACGGCUUGGACCUGUGAUGCUCCAGGCUGUAACGCUAUACGCAGGGCAUCAUUGGAAGCGGAAAUAUAGUGCGCACGAUAUUCAAAAUCAGCAAUGGAAAGAUGAUGAUUAACCAUUGCCAAAUGUUGUUGUGUUGUGCUAAGCAGUUGCAUUUGAUACACUGAAUCGGGUUCUAAUGUGGCGGUUGUGUUUUGCAUGCUGUUCUUGAACGCACCGUGUGAGAGUGACAUUGGCCAUGACAGGCGGAGCCUCUCGAGGCCUCCGUUUCGUGAGUCUCGCUCACCUGGAAGUGGCGACUAUUUGACAGUCCAAAAGUCAAGAAAGUGAGAGCGAUUGCAUGCCUAUGUGACUUGGAGUACUAUGCGGUUCCCUUUAGUGGUUUAAUUUUCCCCUAUGGAAUUUUUAUAUGCUCCAGUUCACUCGGUAUCGAGUCGGGAGGGGCCGACCCCGCCACUGGCCGAGCGGUGAUUUAGAUCAUGCUACAUUACGUGCAGCAUCACGCUGUGACACUCCACGCUCCCUCCAUUUCUGGGAGGGAGGUAUUUCCUCGUCUAUUUGUCCAAUGAAUGAGUGUGCCUGUCGUUCACGUGACGUUACUUGGAAAGUUUGCUUGGCACAGUGUGAAUACUGAACCUUUUCAACAAGUCAUUUGCAAGUGUGGUUGUGAGGUAGCUCUCCAACCGGAUCCUGGUCCUCUUGGUCUAAUGUGAAAGCGCCCUUAUGCAAGUUUAACGAUGAUUGACACUUGUGCCUUUGAUCGUAGACCUACCAAGCUCAAAGAUCAAAGCUACAAACCAAGUACCAAACGCAAGCUAGACAGUUUGGCCGCACUGCUUAGCAGGAGGGAGGGUGAGAGGCUGUACGAGCAUGGAGUAGAAAAACAUAAAUAUAUUUUUUAAAUUAAAAACCUGAUCCGCUUCACCCGAUUCCAAUCCUCUGAAAGAUGACGCGAUCGGCCUGAUUUCCGAUCACGUGAUUGGAUCGGGAUAUCCCUAGCAUUUAUAUUAGUUGAUGAAAGAUAAGCAAUUGUGAUGCUGUGAGAUGGAAAAUGAACCAAAGACAUGGCACGAAAAUGUGCUGUCAUUUUUCAACACAAGCAUACAAAAACACCACAGCAAUCUUGGUUGAUUUUAUUUCAUUACGUGAAACAAAAAAUGCUGACAGCUCAUGUUUCUCGAUCAUUUCCAUUUGUGUCUGAAAUUGAAAACUGAACUAAUGAUACAUUGAUUCACAAAUAUUGACUGUAGCCAAAACAUUGUAAGAAGAAACCAGAAAUCGCACGGGUCGACCAAGACAACAGAAAUGCGAAAGUCAUUGACGAUAUUUUGAGUACUACUCAGAAGGACCCUUCCAGAAAAUAACAGUUCUAAAAGGUUGAGGUUAAAGCCUGGGAAUGCAUGUGUUGUUUACAUUAUUACCAAUAUAUAACAUGUCUCUCUGUUCUAAUACUUUUGUUUACCACAAAUUUGGUUCCACUGUACAUAUUAUCGCUAAUCUAAUACAAGUUGUUUUCUGAUUCAAAUGUUGAUGCCCAGAAAUAAAAGUUGGACUUUUGGUCUGUCGUCCUAUGUUCUAUGUCCUAUAUAUAACCUAUAUUCAUAGGUGUAAACAACUAAACAUACGUUUAGUCUUCAAGAAAAAUAUUAAGUUUAGAAGUAAUCGUAUGUUUGUGUAGUGAAUUUCGAGCUCAGGUUUAACAUAUGGAGGCAGUGUUGCAGCUGAAAUGUGGGAUUACAGGUUCUUGGCACUUUAUGGCAUAUUGGGGCAAAUAGGAAGAUCAAUGCGCCUACCUACCACACUAAUUCCUCGAUUGAUGCAAAUUUGAUGACCCAGUGCGCCAAUGAAAAAACCUAAGGCAGCAACUGGCAAUGCCUAACAUAAAUAGUAGGAGCCACUUACAUCCUCUCCACCUUCUCUUUUUACCUCUAAAAGUGAAUCAAAGCACUUUUAAAAUGGAAAACUAUCGGCCUCACAUUGCCUCUAGAUCCAUCUAAAACAAAAGACCUGAGAAGUGUUCUCCUUGUAGACAAACUGUAACUGAUCCAGUGCCUGAGGUCUGAGCUAUGAAAGCAGUACCCUCUCUAUAGCCUUCAUUAUUAUGGACAUCAGGGCCAUUGGUCUGUAGUCAUUA